GUUAUUAUUUCUCAGAAACGUUGAAGGGUCGGGGUACAUAAAUCAAUAUAGUGGGAGCAGAAGCCGACGGGAAGCGUUCUUGAAGUCCCCGUUCGUGGGUUCCGAUCAGAUGAAGGAAUAGGGAGGGACGGUUCUGAGCAGACAGCAGCAGAAGAAAAAGAAGAAGAAGAAGGAGAAGAAGAGGGGGAAAAGGCAAUGUCGAUGUCGGAUGAAGACGAAGAGUUUGUGCCGGACCAGGUAUCCAGGUAUUACUUCGUGGAUGAGAACGAGGACCCAGUGUCCUUCGCGGUUUUGCCUUUUCAAUGGAGCGAUGGGCAGAAGACGGGGGGCACCGAUGGGGAGGUUGUUUUGCAUGGCAUUGCCGAUAGUGGGCAGCAGAAGGUGUACAAGCCCGUCAUCGCCUGGAAGCUGGAGCUUUCCGCGAAGAAGCCUACCAUGUUUGUUCUUUCCAAAGAUGAGAAGUGGAUAGAAUUGUCCAAGCCAAGGCCAAGUUACGAGGAAAUGAUAAGGUCGGCCUUGAUUAUGGUGCAUGCUCUUCACUUUGGAUAUUCAAAUCCCAAUGCUUCGGAGAAGGAAUUGUGGGAUUAUUUACUGAAGACAUUCAGCAUAUAUGAGCCUGAACCAUCUGAUGAUGAUUUGCGGGAACAUCGGUCUUUGAUUCGUGAGAUUAUCCAAAGCGAUGAAGUCCUGAAAAAGUCUAAGGUGGCACAGCUACUUGUUGAGGACACUUCAACAAAGAGUAAAUCAGUGACUGGGGGUUCUCUGUCUAACUCUGGUGUUAAGAAGCGCAAGUUUAUAGUUGAUGGUGCUGAUGAUACUGAUGAUGGUGACGACGAGGAUUUAGGAGACUCUGAAAGUAAUUCAGAUGAUGAUGAUGAAGAAUCAGACUUGUUUGACUCUGUCUGUGCAAUUUGUGACAAUGGUGGUGAUCUUCUAUGUUGUGAUGGCUGUUGCUUGAGGGGCUUUCAUGCUAUUUCUGAAUCUGACUGUCCAUCACUAGGAUUAUCAUCCAAGGCUGAAGUAAAGGCUAUUCGAAAUUUUUAUUGUGGAAAUUGUAAAUAUAAACAACAUCAGUGCUUUGUUUGUGGAAAAUUGGGAUCCUCGGACAAAUCAUCAAAUCCUGAGGUCUUUCAAUGUGUUUCAGCAACUUGUGGACAUUUUUAUCAUCCAAGUUGUGUUGUAGGAUGGCUCUAUCCAGAUAAUGAAGCUGAUGCACAAAAAUAUGAGAAGAAAAUUGCAGCAGGAGAGCCCUUCACAUGCCCUGUUCACAAAUGCAUUGUAUGUAAACAGGGAGAAGAUAAAGAGAACAAAGAAAUGCAGUUUGCAAUUUGUAGACGUUGUCCCAAGGCAUAUCAUAGAAAGUGCUUACCAAGAGAAAUAUCUUUUGAGGAUGAUGAGGAUAUAAUUCAAAGGGCAUGGGAUGAUCUACUUCCAAACAGAGUGUUAAUAUAUUGCCUAGAGCAUGAGAUUGAUGAAGAAUUGGGUACUCCAGCAAGAGAUCACCUGAUAUUUCCAGAAGAAUCAUUGAAGAGGAAAGUGCACCCUCCAUCGCAUGAACAAGUAAAGGAAAAAUCUGCAUUGAAGAAAAGAAAGAUCUCUACUGAAGGCAUUAGUCAGGGGAAAUCAACUGUUGGAGCACUUCAGAAAAAACAUGUGAUGACCUCGACCGUAAAAGGAACUGAAUCUCCUAAAAGAAUUGUAAAAGCACUCACGGUUAAAGCGGUUGAUUCUGUCCCCGAAUCCAAGAUGCAUGAUGUCAUUAAGAAGUCAAGAAGUAGUGCUGCCUUGAAAACGAAGACUUCCACAUUGGGUAAUGGGGAUAAAGUAGCCAACUCUACGGCAGUUAAACCCUUGAAGCAAUCUAAGAAGAAUGAUCAGAUGCUAAUAGAGACUGCUGCUGUGGAAGCUAGUUCAGAACCUAUAGUGGACAGUGAAGCAGAAAAGAGAGUGGUAGCUCUGAUUGACAAAUGCAAAUCUGCCGUGACUUUAAAAGACGUUCAGAAAAAGCUGAAGGUGCCUUCUAUCUAUUCCCAUGGUUCCACACAGUCAGUUACCUAUGGAAAAGUAGAAGGUUCAAUUGAGGCUAUUAAAGCAGCACUGACAAAAUUGGAAGAAGGUGGUAGCAUUGAGGAUGCAAAGGCGGUUUGUGAAACUCGGAUGCUGAAUCAAAUAAUAAAAUGGAAGACGAAGCUCAGAGUGUAUCUUGCACCUUUUAUUCACGGUGCUCGCUAUACAUCUUUUGGUCGCCACUUCACAAAGGUCUCAAAGCUUGAAGAGAUUGUGGAGAUGCUCCAUUGGUAUAUCAAGACUGGCGAUACGAUUGUUGACUUUUGUUGUGGUGCCAAUAGCUUUAGUAGCUUGUUGAAAGACAAACUUGAAGAGACUGGGAAAAAGUGCUCUUUUAAAAACUUUGAUAUUAUUCGCCCAACGAAUGACUUUGACUUUGAAAGGAGAGAUUGGAUGUCUGUGGAGCGUAGGGAAUUGCCAACAGGAUCACGCCUGAUCAUUGGACUGAAUCCUCCAUUUGGGGUUAAAGCUGCUUUAGCAAACAGAUUCAUUGAUAAGGCUCUCGAGUUCCGACCAAAACUCAUUGUACUUAUUGUUCCACCGGAAACAGAAAGGUUAGAUCAGAAAAAAUGUCCUUACGAUCUAAUUUGGGAGGACACAGAGAAGUUCCAGGGGAAGGCUUUUUACCUGCCAGGAUCUGUGGACGUGGAGGACCAUUCUAUUAGUCAGUGGAAUACAAAGCCACCUGUUCUCUAUCUUUGGAGUCGGCCUGAUUGGACAUCUAAACAUCGAAGCACAGCCUCAAAGCAGGGACAUGCAUCAAAAAGUAUAGUUCAAGUUGAAAAUAGUAAUGAAAAAAAUGUUCAGACAGUUGAUACUGAUGGUGAAAAGUUCAAUUUGUAUGAUACAAGUGAGACUUCUGUUGCCAAUUACAAGAAGUCUCUCGUCGAGGUGGCCAUCAAACCUGAGAAGCAGAUACCUACUCUUCCACCAAAUCUGAAAGGCUCGAGCAGGUUUGAACAUGAGGACAAGGACAAGCAUGAAGGAGUCAUGGGGGAACAGGAGAGAAAGAAUGUUGAGAAGGUCAAGAAUGAUCGUUCCAUUGCAUACCAAGUAAGCAAUAAAAUGGACAAAGCCAUGAAGGAUAUAAUUAUUUCGGAUCAGGAGCGCAAGCAUGCUGACAAGGCCAAGAGUAACGGAGUUACUGGGGGUCAAGAGAAGCAGAGCAUGGACAAGACCUGGAAUGAUAGGGUUACUGGAGUCCAGGAGAACAAGAGCGUGGGCAAGGGUUGGAAUGAUAGGGUUACUGUGGUUCAGGAGGGCAUGGAUGCCGACAGGGCCAAGAGUGAUAAAGUUGUUGGGGGUCGGGAGAGUCAGAACAAAGACAAGGCUAAAAAUGAUGGGGUUCAAGGAAGCAAGAGCAUGGACAACAGUAGCAGAAUUAUUUUGGAUAAGGGCAAGAAAAUGACUGAGAAGGCGUCUGAUAAGCAUGUUAUGGACAGACCUGAGAAGCAGAAGCGAAACAGGGAUCACCGGCCAGCAGGUUUACCAUCUGAAGUAACGGAGUCCACAAGCGUCUUGAAAGAAAAGACAUCUGAAGCAUUUAGGUCUCCGAACACAGAGGCAAGGGAAGAGAUGCAUGAAUUUCGGUUCAACGGUUCUUCACGCCUGGACACUGAAACAAGAUCCACAGUUUGGCAGAACAAUGCUCGCGAGCUUGAUGACAUAGAAAGACGGUAUUCAAGGAACGACAAGUUUCCAUCAGCCACAUCAAACUGGGGGUCUCCUAGUACUCAUGGAUUUAUGAAUGGAAGAGAACCAGAAUAUAGGCAUCACAGUUCGGAGGACCGCUACCGUAGUUUUCCGAUGGGAAAUAGUGAAGAAACCUACGGAGCUAGUACAAUGCCGAGGCCAUAUAUUGAUGAUUUGGAUGAGAAAUAUGGUCGGCCUGGCUUGGAUGCUAGGUUGAAUGUUAGACUAUAUGGUCAACCGGGGGAGUCUGAUUUUGUUCCACGCAGAAGUGCCUACCCAUUGGAUCAAGAAAGGGCAUGGAUGGACACCUUGCCUCCACCUUCUGCGUUUGGACCAUCAGGUCCUUCAGCUCCACCUUCAUAUAAUCAAUCAAACUCAUCUACGAUACAGCGUUACGCUCCUCGUCUCGAUGAAUUGAAUUAUAGCAGACAAAACAUGCACACUCCAGAACCUCCCUUCAGUAGAGGGGGCAUGGCCUAUGGUUCCAUGACGGAGCCAGGGUCUCAAGGUGGCUUCCAGCGGCACAGGCUUGACUAUUCAACUGCACCCCGUCGCAGCUUCCCUGGUCGAGAUUCAUCAUGUGGUUGGUUAGAUGAGUGAGAUGAUGUGCUGCCACAGCUGGUCUUCUGUAGCUGUUGACUGGACCUCUGCUUCAGGGCUGUUUCAACUUUUAUAUUAUAGGCUUGCUGCUUAUGCAUGAAUGGUGUUAUAUAUCCGUGAAGGUUGUCAUGUUUGGUGGACAUGCUGCACCUCACUCUCUUUCUCUUUCUCUCUCUUCAACCCUCUUCACUUCAUUCCUUUGGUUAUUAUUUUUUGGGAACGUUUAGGAAGGUA